UUUCGCACAUGCGUAGAAAAACAUCCUAGUUUCCGGAACCGAUCAGGCAGCCAAAGGCAACAACAUGGCUGCUGAUAGCGAUCCCGAGUCGGAGGUUUUCGAGAUCACCGACUUCACCACUGCGUCCGAGUGGGAGCGUUUUGUGUCCAGAGUGGAGGAAGUGCUUAACGAUUGGAAGCUGACAGGGAACACUGCACGCAAGGUUUCUCCAGAGAAGGGGGAAUACACCAGUGGAACCUGGGCGGAGAAGUCACAGGAAAUUAAUUUUGCUGACUUCAAGUUCUACAUAAGCCACUACUUUCUGAAACAAGAGUGUGGAGAGGAUGAUGGGAAGCACAACCUCGAGGAAGAUGCUAUACCGUUGGCAAUGCAGGAUCUUCUCUGUAUGAACAAUGAUUUCCCUCCACGAGCCCACUGCCUGGUCAGAUGGUUUGGCAUACGAGAGUUUGUGGUCGUCAGCCCUGGAACCAACUGUGAGGCCGUCAUCAGUGAGUCGAAAUGCAACCUGCUUCUAAGCUCCAUCUCCAUCUCUCUGGCCAACAGUGGCUGUCAGGUGCCAAUGUUUGUGCAGAUCCAGCAGAAGUGGAGGCGGAUGUAUGCCGGAGAGUGCAAAGGACCAGGCGUGCGCACCGACUUUGAGAUCGUUCACCUGCGCCGAGCGCCCGUGCAGUACAACCACCUGUCCGGCCUGCUCGACAUCUUCAAAUCUAAGAUAGGUUGUUCCCUGUUCCCUCUGCCUCCAGUCAACAUCGCCAUCCGCUUCACCUACGUGCUCCAAGACUGGCAGCAGUAUUCAUGGCCGCAGCAGCCUCCAGAUUUUGAUGCGCUCCUCGGUGGCGAGGUGGGGGGGGUGGAGUUUGGGAAGUUUCCAUUCGGAGCCUGUGAGGAGCCAAUAAGUGAGCUUCAUCUCGCAACAACCUGGCCUCAUCUUACUGAAGGCAUAGUUGUGGAUAACGACGUGUACAGUGACCUCGACCCUCUUCAAGCUCCUCACUGGUCAGUUCGAGUCAGGACGGCUGAAAAUCCUCAGUGUUUACUGGGUGAGGCUGUGACAGAGCUCUUUAAACUCUGCUGUAGGAUGGAGUCCACAGAGGAGAUCCCUGCAAGAGGAUACGCUGAAGAUGAGGGCAAAGAAAACAGUGAUAUCAGCUCUGCUUUGUCCAAGCUGACCGAGCCAGCAGCGACUGUGCCCAUUUCCAAACUGUCCGUCUCCAACAUGGUGCACAGUGCCCGGAAGCACAUUCGCCGCCAUCGACGCAUCGAUGAGUCGCCCCUUAACACCGAGAUACUCAAUUCUGUCCUUCUGUAUCUGUUUCCAGAUGCUGCUGUGGAGAAGUCUGACUGUAAGUCUCAGCUGUUGAGCUCCAGUGGGACAUCGGAGCAAGAGAAACCUGAUUAUAACCUUUUCCACCAGCUGAAGUCGGCCCCCAGCGACAGCCUGACCUACCGUCUGGCUCUGUGUGUGUGUCUGGUCAACUAUUACUACGGUGGGCUGCGGGCUGUUGGGCACCUCUGGCAGGAGUUUGUCCUUGAGUUGCGUUACCGGUGGGAAAAUAACCAUCUUAUUUGUGGGCUGGCAGGUGGAGCUCCUGAUCUUCGCUGUUGUCUUUUGCAUCAGAAGUUCCAGAUGCUGAAUUGUUGCAUCGAAAGGAAGAAGGCCAGAGAUGAAUCUCACAAAGUACCCGAGGGGAAAGAAAAGGAGCACAGGGUCUCAGGUGCCUGCCAGAAGAGCCGCCAAGGACCAGAGUGUGCAACCAGUGCUCCCAGUUCAACAAGAGAGAUGUCUCAAGGAAAAUCCUGGGACUCGUGGAGUGACAGCGAGGAGGAAUUCUUCGAGUGCCUGAGUGACCAGGGCGAGACUGAGGCGACGCAGACUGAGGGCAGAGCUGAGGGCCGGCUGCACCCCUACAACAACAUGACUCUGCUCAACUCUGCAGAGCUUCUCUAUGUUCCCGUCACACAGGAACCUGCACCAAUGACAGAGGACCUGUUAGCAGAGCAGUCAGAGGUGCUGACCAAACUGGGCACAUCAGCUGAAGGUACCCACCUGCGUGCUCGGAUGCAGAGUGCCUGUCUGCUGUCUGACAUGGAGUCCUUCAAAGCAGCCAACCCCGGCUGUGUCCUGGAGGAUUUUGUGCGCUGGUAUUCACCUCGGGAUUACGUGGAAGAGGAAGUGGUCGAUGAGAAGGGCAACGCCAUGGUGACGGGGACACUCAGUCCCAGGAUGAAGAUCCCAGGCAACAUGUGGGUGGAGGCUUGGGAGACUGCCAGGGUCACACCUGCACGGCGCCAAAAAAGACUUUUUGAUGACACCAAGGAGGCCGAGAAGGUUCUGCACUACAUGGCGAUGCAGAAACCUGCAGACCUGGCCCGGCAUCUCCUGCCCUGUAUCCUUCAUGCAACUAUCCUGAAGUUGAAGGAAGAAGAGUCUGCUGAAGAUAUUCCAUCAGUGCAAAAAACCCUUCAGCAAGCUACAGUUCAAGCGAGCAAGCUGCUGCAGUCCCCCAACCAGGACUACAAGAAGUUAGAGGAUUUCAUUAACCAGCUGCUGAGCAUGGAGACGGUCAUCACUCAAGCUCGCUCGCUCAAGGCCAAGUUCUCCAUUCCUGAGGACGACAGCGGAGAGGCUGCUGAUGAGCUGAAGAAGUUUGUGAGCUCGCUGCUGGAGGAGCCAGAGGUGGUGGUGACAGGAGCAGGCCAGGGCCUGGCUGGCAGUAUCAUCCACAGACUCUUCAUCAGUGCUCAGAGGCUGGCUGACUUCACCACUGACGAGGCUGCCCUCCUGGCGCCCGUCGACGAGGACUUGGGAUCUGACAGGAAGCAAACUGGGGGCAGCAGCAGAGUGCCAGACUUCCCUCCUCCAGCAGGUCGGGAGAUCUUGUUGCGCACCUGCGUGCCGCGACCAGCAGCGUACUCCAAGGCGCUGCCUCAGCGGCUCUUCUGUGUCCUGAUGAGGGAGGAGUUUAGGUUGGCCGGCGCCUUUUCCACAGACACGUCCUUCUUUUAAGUCCUGUGAACAAUUCACACCUGGAUAAAGAGACAGGACACGGGACAGAGACUUUCACAUGUAUGAACGUGGCCGUGGAGUAAGAUCACAGAAACACAUUUGUUUGCUUUAUUUGUAAGAACGGUGCAAGAUUUCAGCAUCUACGGCUCGCCCAAGCUUAAAAGCAGGAAGCAGUAUAUUACUGGCACUGAUUAAGAAGUAUUUAUGGAUUUGUCUGGAAAUAUGUGAAACCAAAUCCUUCUGUGUAUUCAUGAAGCUGCAGCUUCCCACGGUGCGGAGAUAAGUUUCACACUAAAACCUUCAUUUUACCUUCGAAGCUUCUCUUGAUGCCUUUUGAAGGAAAUGAAAUUUGUGGUUAGGAUGGAGUUCCCCAUCCUGCACUCACCACACGCUACACAACACUAUACUACACGCUUUAGUCGAUUAUAUUUCAGUUGCAGGGAUUGGUCCUGAUGGUAAACAUCAGAGUCUGUGAGGACUUCACGGGUCGUUUCAGCUGAGCUCCAUCCUCCAGCAUGUCCUGCUGCUGCAUUAACACACAGCUGUUUGCAUCAACCAGACGUGCAGUUCUUAUUCCUGUUAUAACCUGACUGUUCAGACAUGAAGCUCUUUGACGUUGUAUAAUACUGAAACGACACUUUACAGCUGAUUGUGAUGUUUUAGAUCGAGCUGCUUCCUCGAGGCCGACAGCGUGAGGGGAAAAUUUGUUCUGUGAUAUUUUCUUUGUUUUGUUAAGAGUGUAUCCAUCCCAUAAUACAGACACUUUUAACGACAGUGUUCAUUUGAUUUGUUACUCGAGCAGCAGUCAGUGCUUUACAGUUCGUUCACUGUCCUGUUUCCUCCCUCGUCCCGCUGACCACCCCACACGCCUCCUCCUGUUGAAGGCUAACGUGAGUCCUUCCACCCACAGCUGCAGCGCACGCAGGAUUUUUGAUUUGGGGAAUGUUCUCUGUAAUAUUGUAGAGCUGAUGGCGACUGUAAAACAAUAAAGCUGACUUGCACUAAAGUGAA